AUGGCGGGCGUCCCCGAGCCUGACUUUCGGGUCCUCUCCUUCAUGCCGCAGAAAGGGAACGCUACGGCCCGACGCUACCAGAAGCGCAAGGCGCAUCGCAAGUCCAAGGAGGGGUGUAUUGCGUGCAAGGUGAAGCGGGUCAAGUGCGAUGAAAUCAGGCCCUGUUGCUCGCGCUGUCGGCGCAACGACACUCGGUGCAGCUACCCCUCCGCGGACGAGGCCAGCUCCCCUGAGUCCUCCUCGCAGGUCGCCAAGCGGCCGUCGGCGCACAUCCGCCAGAUGUGCAGGAUGCUGGGUCGCCGCAGCAUGCCCUCCGCCGAUCUGCUCACCUCUCCCGCCGUCACCGGGCUCGACAUGUCGCAAGAGCCGACGCAUCACGGCAUCCCGCGCAUCGUCUUGAUCCAGCACUUCCAGAACCUGUACCCCGAGCUGCAGCUGCUCGACAGCGGGAACCCCAACCCCAUCCUGGCCCUGGGCCUUGCCCGCCCCUUUCUGCUCGAGGCCGUGCUCGCCGUCUCGGCGUCUCACCUGCGUCACCACCACUGGGCACCCGAGAGCCGCCAGCUGAGCCGCGUCACCGAGCACUUCCAGCAGGCCCUCGCCGUGCGGAGCUUUCGCGACGCGCUGCAGAGCCUCACGCUCGAUCAGCAGACGGCCGACGCCUUUGUGCUCACGUCGAUGUUCCUCAACCUGCUGACGUUUUCCUUCGCCGAAGACGACCAGGUACAAGACACGUGGCUCUUCCGUCCCGACGAUCCGGAGCGCUUGAGCUGGUUCUCGCUGCAGCUGGGGCUCAAGCCGCUACUCCUGACCACGGAGCACUACCGCGACGACACUAUCCUUUCCUGGAUGUAUGCGGCGUCUGAUGAUGAAAAGGGCACGUUCUACGGCGAGAACCAGCGGAUGGACCGUGUUCCCACGCACUGGAUGGCCUUUCUUGGCUUGGACCGCGAGAAUCUGCUUGGAGAAUACGACCUCCUGCGCGAGCCCGCUCGCAUGCUCGCCGAGGUCCGCGACCUGGAGCCGCGCGACGAGUGCUUCUUCCUCUACGUCAAUUUCGUUGGCGCGCUGGACAUGGAGUUUCGCUUCCGCGACAUGCUCGAGGCCGAGGACGAGCGCGCCGUAUGGCUCUUCGGGUACUGGCUCGGGCUGAUGUGCCGCUUUGGGUGGUGGUGGAUGCAGCUGCGCGUAGACCGGGAGUGGCGGGCAAUACGUCUGUGGCUGGACCAAAAGGGCGUCAGGGAGAGGCCCGGCGAGCAGGGGAGAGUCUGGGGGUUGCUGAUGCACGAGCUCGAGGACGCUAAUCGUUGGCCGAGGACCGAGUACGGCGUGGUCGACGAGGUGCAUGAGGUGCAAAGCGCCGACAUUAUCGAGAUAUUGUAG